AUGGUCCUCGAGCGAAAGCGGUCUCAUUCUCAGGAUGUCCCCAUGCUUCCUAGCUCUUCCUUCGCCACGGCGACCUCUAAUUCCUCUGCCCUACCGCGUCAAGCCUUCAGUGCUAGAGGUGUAGUUUACCCACCCAAUCGUAGUUCCUCACCUCCAGCUUCCGCGUACUUUCCGCAAUUCUCGGGAGACCACCACCAGGACCUUGAGCCAACCACUGCAGAAGCUAGUGCACACUUUGCGUACAGUACAACCCUUCGCAGACACCAUGUUGAAGGCAUCCCAACUCCAGGAACUGCUACUGGUUUCCCGUCGUUGGACGAGUUGCGCUCCGUAGCCGCUACGGAAGGUGCCGCAGGACUCUGGCACCGCACUGUUGGAACUAUUUCCUCGUGGUUUUCCCAAGGGAGAGAGGGUUACGAAGCGCUGCCAGUAUCGAAGGAAGAGACGAAGGCGACAGCAUCCUCUCGUUUUGCACACUACACUGCACAAGUGAGCAAAUUGGUUUCUCGUGCGAAGUAG